AUGAAAUUUCUAUUUUUAAUUAUUCCUCUUUUUCUGAUUUCUAGCUCAUCCACUACUAAAUUUGUAUUCGAAGGAGAACUGUUCUGCUACAAGCCUGACUUUUCAUAUAGUGUGCAAAUUGUUGAAAAGACGCAACCAUCGAAAACAAUAAUCUCAGAAAGCAAAGGCACUAGUAAAACACACGAUAAGCAUUUUGAAAUCGAAGGAAUCGCUGAAACUAAUGGAACGGAUACUCCACACCAUGACAUUGACAUUGAUGUGAUCCACAAUUGCUAUCCAGAUGGUCAUUUCAACACAAUUAGCCAUCACGUCGGUGAAUUCCAUAUUGAAGCGGAGGUUAUUAAACAAUUCAUCAAAUUUGAUUUGAACGAUAAAAUGUACCCCGAAGUCGAGGAGCCAAAAAAGUAA